GAAUAGAAUUAGCGAACUGCAAUGUUUACGGAACGUCGAACAAAGUGUAACGCACUAUUAAAAACGCGAUCGAAAUCCGACGGUUCACAAGUGUAUCAUAUAUGUAUAAAAGUUUCUUGCAAGAAAGCGCAGAAACUCAAAGGAAGAAGCCGGUGACAAAAGAAACGUGGAAAGAAAUAGAAAGUGAGAGACGCGAUCAGCAAAAAUCAACAAAGAGAACCAACUCUACUAUAAGGAACACGUUGCCCGCAGAAAUUCCAUUCGAUUGUGAUUCGCGACUUCCCCCACUGCUCUGCAAGGAAUUUACGAUACCAAAAGCCUCAGUGGUGGGUUUUCGCGCAUGGAACAUGGGCGUGAUCGAUUGGGCGGAGCCUGGUUGUCGUUCCAGGGGUCUUCGUCCCGAAAAGCAUCGUUCCUGUGCCACGAACAACCCCGAGUCGAGUCACGCAACUCCGUUCCCCACCACUCAGCCUCCGACGUUCUAACACACGCAUACACGUGUACAUGCAUGGAACGUGCACGGAGUGGAAACAGUGCAAAGAAGCGUGAAUACACAGCGUGAAUGUGUGAGUGAUAGACCGAAGCGACGAUUGCAGAGUGUGGAAGGGGCAGGAUCGAGGAUGCCAGUCUUCCCCGGGCCACGGAUCUGGACAGCGUAUUUUCUGCGAUCCUUUUCGAUCCUACAGAUCCGCGAUUUUUUAUUCCUCGCGAGUCUCCUGGUUUGGCUUUCUUUCGUUUGAUACUGAAACUUACUCGUUUGGAAGGAGUUAUCGGAUCGUAGCGCGAGUUUUAGUUUCAAAGUGUUGUGAAGGGACUUUGUGAACUACACGCAUAUAUAGAUUGACUACUGACAUGUUUUUGUCAGUUUAGCACGUGUAUUUGGUAUAUCAGCAGACUCUUUUUUUGCUUGCUCGAUGAUUAUGAAAAUGAAGAGAGGCAGUUUGUGAGUUAAAAGGAAGUUCUGGACUGAUUUCAGGAAAGAUGAAGACGGAAAUCGAGACGGAGCCAGAUUGCACGGACAACAUCCUUUGUUCAAACAACAACAACAACGUGAACGCCAAUAACAACAACGUAACCAGCAUAAAGAAAGCUGCUACUAAUAUCAACAACAACGACAGUCACGAUGGAAUGGAAAUGGACUGUGGCGGUUGCGGAGAAAGCGUUCGCGAGCGGACUGUCCUCUGUGUAGGGGGUCGUACCUGGCAUUCCAGAUGUCUGAAAUGUUGCGCCUGUGCGAGGCCUCUGCACGAUCAGCACUCCUGUUUUCUUCGAGGGAUGAGACUGUACUGCAGGCACGACUACGCCUUAACCUUUGGUGCAAAAUGUGCGAAGUGUGGUCGAAGCGUAGGUGCUGGUGACUGGGUGAGAAGAGCCAGAGAAAGGGUAUAUCACUUGGCUUGUUUCGCCUGCGACGCCUGUUCUCGUCAGCUGUCGACGGGGGAGCAAUUCGCCCUGCUGGAUGCCCGAUUGCUCUGCAAGGCUCACUAUCUCGACGUCGUCGAAGGAAACAAUACCUCAUCCUCGGAAGAUUGCGACUCCGAGCACGGUGGCAAAGGCAGCAAGACGAAGAGGGUCAGGACUACUUUCACGGAGGAGCAACUCUCUGUUUUGCAAGCGAACUUUCAGUUAGACAGCAAUCCCGAUGGCCAGGAUCUUGAAAGAAUAGCUCACGUUACGGGACUGAGCAAACGAGUGACGCAAGUCUGGUUUCAGAACUCGAGGGCCAGGCAGAAGAAACACAGUGGAAAGAUCAAAACGCAAAUGCACCAUUCACCACCAAUGCAACAUCAUCCAGGUGAUUUGUACCCAACCAGUGUAAACAUGGUAGGUGCCUAUUUAGGGGGGUAUCAAGGCGGCAGCGCAGGAAGCGAAAGUCCUGGCAGUCCAUUGACACCACUCACUCCUUUAACACCUCUAACACCGACAACGCCCAAUCACCUACAAGCCCAGUUCUGUCAUCAAACGGGUUAACUUUAUUUAGUAACAAUGUCCAAUACCGGUGAUCAUUGUUUUACCUUCGUCGAUCGUUUCUAAGUCUAAUAUGGUUUGCAAUGGAAAAUUUAGCGUUCGAAUUUAGAAGAACAUCGAUCUAUUAGAGAGGAAGAAAUUAUAAAAUUCUAGGAUUUCGAAGGGGGUACAUUGAUUCAUUCGAAAGUUUUGAUACAAAUUUAGCAUAAAUUUUUUCAUAGAUUUACGAGAAUUUGGAAUAUAGUAGAACCUCGAUUAUCAUUAAGGGAAUACUUGAUUAUUCGAACAUCGAUCGAUUAAAAAUUUGCAUAUGGUUUCCUCUAGGGAAAAUUGUAAAAUAAAAAUAUGGUCAAGGUUUUACUUAAAAAGAUUAUUUCAAACGAACCCUCUUUGAAUUCUAGAACGCUUAAGGAUAAGUUUUAAAUAAUUGAGAUAUUCUCUGUCUUUUUUUGUACAUAGUCAAAAUGAUUUGUUUCAAACAAAGCGAGAAGUAAAAGUGAUAU